CAGGGACACUGAGGGUGUGGGAGACACAGGGAGGUGGCCCUACCAAACCCGUCCCCAUGGGACUAAGCAGGAGUGCUGAGGUGGGGCUGCAGGAAGCGGUCAGGGCGGCCUCAGGGAACCUGCUGCCCCUCCACGCUGGUGGUCAGGAAGCGGGCCACUGCAUGCCUGCUCAGCACUCCCCCAACUGGGCUGUGGGGACAGCAAGGGGUGGAGGCUCAGAGGGGAAAGGAGCUGUCCUGGGGCCACCUGGUGUGUCGCCAGAGGCCAGGGCAUGGGGAACCCCUCAGUGCGCCUCUGUCCCAGCUCCUCCCCCUGGCCUUGGGGGAGCCCUCGACGGGGGCAUCCAUGGUGCUGGCCACCCAGGCCAGUCUGAGAGAUUGGCCGCUAUUGCCUGACAGGCCCGCGUGGCUCUGACCCCUGCCCUACCACAGACACUGGCUGGCAGGGCUCCCGCAGGCCGGCCGCUGCAUCAUCAAUAUUUCAUCGGCGUCAAUAAGAGGCACCAGCAAGGAUAGCGGCUGCAGCAGCACUCACGCCAGCUCCAGCCACUGCACGCCUGGAGAGCCAGCCUCCUGUCCCUGCCCGCCACCACUAUGGACGUCUUCAAGAAGGGCUUCUCCAUCGCCAAGGAGGGCGUGGUGGGCGCUGUGGAGAAGACCAAGCAGGGGGUGACGGAAGCGGCAGAGAAGACCAAGGAGGGUGUCAUGUAUGUGGGAACCAAGACCAAGGAGGGUGUUGUGCAGAGCGUGACUUCAGUGGCUGAGAAGACCAAGGAGCAGGCCAACGCCGUGAGCGGGGCCGUGGUCGCCAGCGUCAACACCGUGGCCACCAAGGCCGUGGAGGAGGUGGAGAACGUGGCGCUCACCGCUGGAGUGGUGCGCAAGGAGGACCUGGAGCAACCUGCCCCCCCACAGGAGGACAAGGCAGCCAAAGCGGAAGAGGAGGUGGCUGAGGAGGCCAAGAGUGGGGGAGACUAGAUGGCUGUCAUCAGCGGUGGAGCCAGAGAAACACCCCUGCCUUGGACGCAUCCCCUCCCGCACGAGGAGUGCCCGGCCCUGGAGUGUGACCGGCGGGCUGCCCCUGGUCCCCACGCCCACAACCGGCUGCCCACAGGCCUGUCCUCCUGUGCUGCUGCCACCAUCUUCACCUCCCUCCCCUCCUGCCCUCCACUCCUUCUGACCCACAGAUGCUGCUGUGAAUUUUUUUUUUAAUGAUUCCAAA